AUGUCUACCAAAGAGGAGGAUGAAGUGAUAUGCCAAACAUUCAUGGUUAAAAGAUCUCAGAACAAGAAGUUGUUCACACCAGUUAAUUAUAGAAAAAGAUUUUUAGUUUUAACAAGAAAAGCCCUCAUAUAUUAUGAUUCUGAUAAUCAGAGGCGGAAGGAACGCGGUCGAAUCCCGACGGACUCCAUCCACACGGUGGAGCAGGCGCAGCUGGGCGAGCUCAGCAAGCAGAUACCAGAGGACGAGGCGGAGAAGUGUCCUUCGUACAGGUACCCUUUUCAGGUGUCCUACUCGGAGAACAACACCGACUACACGUUGUACCUGGUCGCUGGUGACCACAGCGAGAGGCUGCGUUGGAUCCACGCCAUCAGAACUGUGUGCGUCUCGAACGGGCGACGCGCCCGCUACCACCCGGCGGCGUGGUGCGCGCGCCGCUGGGGCUGCUGCCAGGACGAGAGGCGCUCCGCCCCGGGCUGCGCCCUCGCCACCUUCUGGCCGCUGCCGGAGCCCGAGCUAGAGCUGAUAGUGCCCGCCGGCGACGCCUCACGCGCACGCGACGUUAAACUUUUGUCUCUCUCGCGCCUGAGGCAAUUUACACGGGCAAGUCGACGACGGUCCGUCGCGUCGGACGUGCGGGCCGCCCCCAUGUUGCAGAGCAAAGCGGACGACACUAUGGUGGCGAAGAAGAAGUCCCGGAUACCGUGCCUCUCACUCUCUUCUCUUAUCCCCGCGCUAGAGGCUGUCACCGCUGCGGUAACGAUGCCCGGGGGCGGUGCGCCCGCGCCCGGCACCCCCUCAACCAAACCAAAGGAGAAACAGAAAACCAAAAUAGUGGUGGCGCUGUAUCCGUUCAAAGCCAUCGAAAGCGGGGACCUUUCACUGGAGAAGGGCGCCGAGUACGAGGUGGUCGACGACUCUCAAGAACACUGGUGGAAAGUCAAAGACGAAAACGGGUCAGUAGGAUAUAUACCAAGCAACUACGUUAAGGAAAAGGAAACAAUAGGCUUACAGAAAUAUGAAUGGUACGUCGGCGAAAUGUCCAGACAGCACGCGGAAUCCCUCCUCAAGCAGGAAGACAAGGAGGGCUGUUUCGUCGUGCGAAACUCCUCCACCAAAGGGAUGUACACACUGUCGCUGUAUACCAAAGUCAUCCACCCGCAGACGAAGCACUACCACAUAAAGCAGAAGGACACUGGCGAGUACUACCUGUCGGACAAGCACUGCUGCGCCAGCAUACCGGACCUGAUCAACUACCACAAGCACAACAGCGGCGGGCUCUGCUCGCGACUGAAGGCGACGCCCUGCGACCGCCCGCCCGCCACCGCGGGCCUCUCCCACGACAAGUGGGAGAUCGACCCCAACGACCUGGUGCUGCACGAGGAGCUGGGCGCCGGCCAGUUCGGCGUGGUGCGGCGCGGCAAGCUCUACGGCACCAGGGACGCCGCCGUCAAGAUGAUGAAGGAGGGCACCAUGUCCGAGGACGACUUCAUCGAGGAGGCCAAGGUCAUGACUAAACUUCAGCACGACAACCUGGUCCAGCUGUACGGGGUCUGCUCGAAGCGGCGGCCGAUCUACAUAGUGACCGAGUACAUGUGCAACGGCUCGCUGUUCAACUAUCUGAGACGCACGGCGCCCGACCAGCUGGGGCCCGCGGUGCUGCUCGACAUGUGCCUGCAGGUGUGCAAAGGAAUGGCGUAUCUUGAAAGGCACAAUUACAUACAUCGAGACCUGGCGGCGAGAAAUUGUCUGGUCGGAGAAGCGAAUGUCGUGAAGGUGGCGGACUUCGGGCUGGCGCGGUACGUGCUGGACGACCAGUACACCAGCUCGGGCGGCACCAAGUUCCCGAUCAAGUGGGCCCCACCGGAGGUGCUCAACUACACGCGAUUCUCCUCCAAAUCGGACGUCUGGGCGUUCGGUGUUUUAAUGUGGGAGGUGUUCACUUGCGGCAAAGUGCCCUACGGUAGGAUGAAGAACAACGACGUCGUCGAGAUGGUACAGAGGGGCCAAGUGCUCGAGAGGCCGAAGGGGUGUUUGAUAGAAAUAUAUAAUGUGAUGCGCGCCUGCUGGCGGCAGUCGCCCGACGAGAGGCCGUCGUUCCGCGCCCUCAAGGAGGAGCUGAGCGCGAUGCUGCGCGAC